AUGUCACCAUCUGUUAAAAAAAAUCAACGUAAUUUUCGUUGCUCAAGAAAGGAUGCUGGAUGUCAAUCAGUUAUUUAUAUCUCUAUUGAUUCAAAUGGAUAUAAAGGUUCAAAUUAUGCUGAACAUAAUCAUCCACCAAAUUAUCAUCAUACCAAACGUUUAUUAGUAUUACAAAAUGUUAAAGACACAGUGUUAUUAGAACCUACACCAGUUACACGAAUAAUAGAAGAUGAAUAUAUAAAAAACAAUUUGAACAAUGAAGAUCGAUGUCACUUUUUAUUACCACAAGCACAAGCUUCUAGAUAUUACAAGAUUCGCGCAAAAUUAUUGCCACCUAAUCCAAAAUCAUUAGAUUUUGAAGUUCCUGCUUUAUAUUCAACAACACACGAAGGAGAAAAUUUUUUACUUUAUGAUUCAACACAUAAAAAAUUAGGCGGACGAUUAAUGAUUUUGUCCUCCAAAUAUUUAAUUCAAAUGUUAUGUAGUUGUGAUGUGAUGCUGAUCGAUGGUACGUUUAAGAUACGUCCAAGUAUGUUCUCCCAGGUAGAUGUGAUAAUGGGUCAACAUCUCGACGAAGCUAUUCCAUUAGUAUGGUGUCUUACACCAAAAAGACUCCAAGAGGUUUACGAGAAAAUAUUUCAAGUUUUAAAAAGAAAAUCACUGGAUUAUGGUUUUAAUUUUGAACCAAAAUGUGCUUAUUUAGAUUUUGAAAUAGGAACAAUUAAUACAUUAGAAAAAAUAUUUUCUAGUAUUUCGAUUCAUGGUCGUUGGCAUCAUUAUACCCAAAGUAUAUAUAGAAAUAUUCAAAAAAUUGGUUUAUCAACUUUGUAUGAACAAAGUGAAGAAGUUAAAAUUUGGUUAAAGUGUUUUAUGGCAUUACCAUUAGUAAAAAAUACUGUAGUUGGUGCUGCUAUUGAUUAUUUAAUUGAUAAUCCACCAUUAUCUCAUAUAUUAUUAAUUGAAUUUAAUGAAUAUUUUCGAAAACAGUGGAUUGAUCGUAUACCAAUAAAAUAUUGGAAUUUAGGACCUAUCCACCUUAGAUGUAACAAUAGUGUCGAAGGAUACAAUAAUCGUUUACAACCCCGAUUUGGUGGACAUCCACAGUUGUGGUCUUUUAUCCACUUUCUCAAAGGUAAAGAGGCAUUAGUAAUGAUGCGAACUGCACAAAUACAAAGUGGUAAUUAUCGUCUAAAGGCAAUGCCGUUUUCAUUUGGAAAUGAACGAGCAAGAAAAAAAACAAAACAACUAAAAAAUUGA